AGGUGGGCACAAUAAUGUUGGUGGAGUUAUGACACCAGGGCAAGGUUAUUGCAUCACUUUGAUGCAACUGGCUGAAUUUCUAUCCAAUGUUUUAAAGUGUUGAUGCCCAGUUCAAAACCACACAGGGGGAUCGUGUACACCACGACUCGUGUGCAGUGUGGCAAUAUGGAUUCGGAUGAACAUAUGUUUGGUGCAUACAGUUCCUGAAUGGACUCCUAAUUUGCAUAUUCACAUUUGUCAAUCAAUUGUGAACAAAAACAGUGUUAUAUUUGCUUGACCACUGCUUUAAAUUUGCAUGAGUUUGGACUGGGCUUGGCUAAAAACUAAAGAAUCCUGCAGAAAGUACUGGGGUUUGGCUGAAUCCUGUGUUCAUUUUAAUAUUCAGUCACUAUUAAGGAGCUGAUGAUUCCAGCGCUCCAGUGUCUGCAGAUUUGUGCUAUAAUUGCACUGUGGGUGCAGAACGGAGGGGCUGCUGCUAGUCUCCUCCCUAUCAGAAAGCCUCUGACUCUACCGGAGAUCCACUUGAUAUAUACUUAGUAUUUUUCUUCCUACACAGCAAAACCCUCAAUAGAUUGCAACCCCCACCCUUCCAUUCACCACUGCAGGGAGCAGCAGGCUAGUGAGCCGACAGCAGCUUCCCAUCAUCCAAAUGCAGCAAAAGGCUGCAGGGAAACCGUGAGGGGCAGGUGGGUGGAGAAGAAAGAGGAAGGUUCAAGGUUAUCGGAUUCAAUCAACCCUAUGGACUGAUCAUCCUUUAUAUGAUAGGAUCCCAUGCCAUUCUGUAACCAGUGCCCAUACUUUAGGCUGCCGGGCAGAAGGAAUUGGGAGGAAUCGGUGAGACAAGUGUUAACUCAAGCAGGAGGCUUGUUCUCCAGGAAUAAAUCAGCAGUGAUGGUGGCAUCUGACCAGGCUCUGCUCCCUGGAAGGACUGCGUGACGGCGGCGACACAUGAAAGACGUUCCUCGUGGAACCCUGCAGGGAAACCAUUGACUCUUCUCUUUGUUUCCCUCUCCCUGGGCAGGAGACAUGUGCAGCAAUCAAGUCAGCUUGCAGGAUGAGCAGUGCAAGUACUACGCCUAUAUGUUCUACCAGGCGGUGCGGGACCAGGAGCCGGUGUGGAAACUGGAAGAAAUGAGGACUAUGGAGUAUUUUCAUUUGGAGGAAGACGCAAGUCUUAGGUGCUACUUACCAUCCGACGCCCUCAUGUACGCUGUAGUGCAUAACCACCUACGCUAUGCUCAGUAUCUGCUGUCUCACUAUGCAGAGGAAGCCUUGAAGGUGCCAGGCAUCAAAUUCUGCUGCUGUCCACCCUCUGCACCUCAUCUAGCCCUGGCGGUUACUUAUGAUCGGAGGGACAUUUUAGUCAUGAUCAUUAAGGUGAUCCAUGAGCUGCCCAGCCUUCAGUCCUACAUCAACAGGGCGAGUUGUUUUCAUUUGUCGGAUGGUAAAACACCUUUGCACUUGGCCUGUGAACUUCUGAGCGCCGAAACUGUCUUGACUCUUCUAGGCAACGGGGCCUCACCCAAAAUAAUUGACCGCAAAGGGGAAACCCCCUUGGACGUCAUUUUGGAGCAGCUGUGGAGUUCCAAAGUCAACGUGGAGUCCAAAAAGCUCUGCCUGGAUUAUCUCUUGCUUUUCUCAUCUUCCCUCAACUUUAAAAUGAGAGAGAUGCUGAGAGACAACCCAGGGUUUUGGAGUCCCCUCCUGGGAGAGGACAAAUUUAACUACCUGGUGGGCAAACGGCCGGCCCGGUUGUACUUAGCAGCAAUGCAAAGGAUUCUGCAGUGUCUGCAACCUGCACACUUCCCGCAGAGCAUCCAAGAGCUUCCCAUUCCCCAUGCAUUAAAGCCAUUGCCAGGGUCAACUUAGCUUCUCUACCCUUGGCCAAAAAUAUGGGGAGGGUGGGAUUUAUGGGGGUGGGUGGAAAGUUGCAUGGGGAAUAUGGCAGCUUUGUUUAUUCCAGUCUAUUCUUUUGCAGAUGGUUUUUAGACCCUGUGCUGGGCAUUGUAUCAUCAUACCACUGUCAGGAGGCAUAUGGCCGUAGGGCAGAGAGGACUUUGUGGGAAGAAUGAAUAGUGGAAAGAUGCCUGUAUGUGAACAUCAGCUAGUAUUCUGUCUUUAGAGAGAUACUAAUUUAUCUUUGGUGGCUUAAAGGGAAAGUAAAGCGAACAGUAAAUAAAGCCUUUGUUUUAUUAGUA